AUGGGGAUUAUCGAAUAUUGGGAUCCUGCUACACUUCAGUUCCCUGAAAGUGGGGUUAAUUUCAAGUUGAUAAGUGAUACUGAUUUGUUUGCGAUUGUCAAAAGUAAAACUGUUGUUUCUGCUAUUGAGGUAAGUCCAGUUGGCAAACAAUUUGCAAUCACAUCACCAGAUCGAAGAAUACGUAUAUUUUGGUAUAGAACUGGUAAACUAAGACGUGUCUAUGAUGAAUCACUUGAGAAUGCUCAAGAUCUUCAAAGAAGCGAUGUUCCUUUGUAUCGAUUAGAAGCUAUUGAUUUUGGGAGAAGAAUGGCAGUUGAAAGAGAAAUUGAAAAAACAGAAAAUGUCCCACAGCCAAAUGCACUAUUUGAUGAAAGCUCUAAUUUCAUUAUUUAUCCAUCUCUCCUUGGUAUUAAAAUUGUAAAUCUGCACACAAACAAAGUUUCCAGAAUAUUAGGGAAGGUGGAAAAUAAUGACAGGUUUUUAAGAAUUGCUUUGUAUCAAGGUGAUCAAAGCAGUAAAAAAGUGCGAAAAAUUCCUGCUGCUGCUGUAAAUGUGAAUGAAAGCAAAGAUCCCAUGACAGAUCCUACUUUGUUAUGCUGUGCUUUUAAGAAACACAGAAUCUAUUUGUUCAGCCGAAGAGAACCAGAGGAACGUGAUGAUGCAACCAAGGGUAGGGAUGUCUUUAAUGAAAAGCCUCCUCCUGAUGAACUUAUGGCUGCAUCAGAUAUUGGAAAGUCUGUUACAACAUCUCUUCCAGAAAAUGUGGUAUGGGCAAUUGCAGAUUCUAGACGACAAGGCUUUCUUGGCUUCAAAGAGUUUAUUACUACAAUGCAGUUGAUUUCUAUGGCACAAGUAGGACACACAUUAAGUAGCGACCUCUUAAAUUCUGAUGUUGAUUAUGAAAAUUUGAAACCACCUGUUAUGGAUAGUCUGGAUGUCUUACUAGCUAAGAAAAAGCGUCCAAAAAGUGAUCCUUAA